AGCAGGAGGCGAGGAGGUAGAUGGGAGACGAGAAGAGGAGAGAAGAGGAGAGGCAUUGACUGAGAGCGCACACAUGGAGGAGAGGAAAAAGCCUAUUUCAUGUGCCCAGUGUGCAUGACGGAGGAGUGCAGCUGUCUGCCGGGAUUUUUUAGGCAUCUGCUGCCCCACAGCUAGAGGACGUACAAAGAAGCACAGGCAGACUGGGGAUAUAGGGCUGUGUGCAGAGGAUGAACAGGCGAUGUGGGCUCUCUGGCUGUGAUCGCUGUCCUCAGACCCCGUAGCCACUUGCACUGGUGCUGUUGCAGGCCAUUCGCCUCGCAGCCAGGCAGCAGGGUGAUUGAUACAGAAUGAGCUCCAAGCACUCCUCCGACUGGAUUCCCUACAGCACUUUAGAUGACGAGGGCACCAACCUCCGGCAGCAGAAACUGGACAGACAGCGAGCGCUCCUUGAACAGAAGCAGAAGAAGAAGAGGCAAGAGCCUCUGAUGGUCCAGUCCAACGUGGACGGGAGAUCUCGCGCACGCCGGACCAAACAGAGCGAGGAGCAGGCCCCGCUGGUGGAAUCCUAUCUCAGCAGCAACAGCAGCACCAUCUACCACGUGCAAGAAGCGGACCAGGAGGAGGUGAAGGUGAUAGCAGACACGCAGCCACCACGCUCAGCCAAAAAGGGCAAAGCAUCGGCCAGCUCCACACCGCAGACUGGCAGCGAUAAGAAGGAGAGAAAGGGAAAGCACAAAGCAAUCGACGGCCUGGCCUCCCAGCUGGACGACGGUCACGUCCAGAUCCUGACAGUGGGUCACUCCACCGCAGACGAGGGCGAUGGGGAGCCCGUCAUGAGCUGCACUCAGUCGCAGAGUAAACAGGAUCUGCGCGUCACCAUGCUCAAGAAAGGUAUAUCCAGCAGUAUGAAUUUUGAUGAAGAAGAGGAUGAUGAAGAUGAAAUCAGCUCCAGUUCCUCACAGCUCAACAGCAACACGAGACCAGGCUCUGCUACCAGCAAGAAGUCGUGCAAGGAGGUGGCCUCAGCACCCACUCCUCCAGUCAGUGAACCUGCCAUCGAUGUAGACGACCUUGAAGAGUUUUCUCUGAGACCGGCGCCCCAGGGAGUCAGAGUGAAGUGCAGAAUCACCAGAGACAAGAAGGGCAUGGACAGAGGCAUGUAUCCCACCUACUAUCUUCAUCUGGAGAGAGAGGAUGGCAAGAAGGUGUUUCUGUUGGCUGGCAGGAAGAGGAAAAAGAGUAAGACAUCGAAUUACCUCAUCUCCAUUGAUCCCACUGAUCUGUCCAGAGGUGGAGAGAGUUUCAUCGGUAAACUGAGGUCUAACCUCAUGGGAACCAAGUUCACCGUUUAUGACAGUGGUCUGAACCCAAUGAAGAGCACCACCAGCCUCGAAGCGAGCAAUCUGCGUCAAGAACUAGCAGCCAUUUGCUAUGAAACCAAUGUGUUAGGAUUCAAAGGACCUCGCAAAAUGAGCGUCAUCAUUCCUGGAAUGAACAUGGACCAUGAGAGAGUGUCUAUUCGCCCACGAAAUGACCACGAGUCCCUGCUGGCCAGGUGGCAGAACAAGAACACAGAGAGCGUGAUUGAACUUCACAACAAGACGCCCGUGUGGAACGAUGACACACAAUCCUAUGUGCUCAACUUCCAUGGCAGAGUCACUCAGGCCUCCGUCAAGAAUUUCCAAAUCAUUCAUGACAAUGACCCUGACUAUAUUGUGAUGCAGUUCGGUCGUGUGGCAGAAGAUGUCUUCACCAUGGACUAUAACUACCCCAUGUGUGCCCUGCAAGCCUUUGCCAUUGCCCUUUCCAGCUUCGACAGCAAGUUAGCCUGUGAAUAGAUCCCAGCCUGAAGUUCAGAGGAGAACUGGUUCAUCUGUCCUGUAAACAAGGGCUGUUACUGUAUCCCUGGGAUGGGAUGGGAUCCCUGUGAUCUUCAAACCACCUCGUACCUUGGAAGUCCUGCAUUUCCCAAAAUGCUUUACGGGCCUCAAGUUUUGCAUAUGUGUGUGUAUGUGUGUGUGUGUGUGUUGGGGGGUGCGACGUCAGAACGGUCAGUGGAAGAAAACAAGCACAAAGAGUGAUCCACUUUCAAAAUCAGAUUCAUUUGUUUUGAUGACUAUAGUCAUUUUGUACUGUAAUGGCAUCAUAAAAACAAACACUGUUCCUUUUAUGUAGUAGUGAGAGAACUUUAACAUUUUCGUUAUCUGUAAAUUAUAACUAACACUUACACAUCUGUAAGUUUUAAAAGUUGACUGGACUUUAUGUCGUCUGCCACAUAAACAAACAAAGUCACUUUUCCUCAAGCAUGAAUAUUGAUCAUAUAUUUACUGAAUUACAAAUAACAUGCAUGUCACAAUAUAUUUAUUUUGUUAUUUAUGUAUUUAUUACAUGGUCCUUUUAUUUUGUGUUUGUCAUUUGCAUCAAUCACAGCAGUAUUGGCUCCAUAGAGCUGCAUCACACAGAGUGAUAUCUCUUAUAUCCACACAAAAACAAAUAGUGACUUGGACAUGAGCAGGGCAAAGGUUACACUGUGCUGUGUACCAUAUACAAUAUUGCGCCAGUGUCAUGUAUGUGAUUGUAUAGGAUGAUGGUGCACUUUACUUUGAAGUCUGUAGUGGAUGAGAUAUAGCUGUACAUACAUUAUUGUGCCUUUGAAGACUAAUUCCAGUGUUUGGCUGUGGCCGUAAAAUUGAGCUAAGCUUGAAUUGGUCUUUGCUAUUCUUGCUGUCCUCACAUGCAUUGGAAAUAAUUCUCUUUAGCUACUUUGAAUCAAGAUGUCUAUUGCAAAGUUCAUUUAGGUUGAUUAAAUGGCUCGGUGUUGCAAAACCUCCAGAAGAUAAUAAUCAUAAAUAAGUCAUCGGACUGUCCAUGAAUAUUUGAAUUAUAUUUUUAGCCCUCGACACAUUAAUAUUGAAGAGGUGGUUGAUCAUUUAUGUUUUACUGUUAAUCAGCCAGCAGAUGUAAUAUCCAAGGAAUUCAGGCUUAAGGUUGUGCUCAUAUCUUCUGACUCCAACAUGCUCAACGCAGACUUACUGCCAACAAACACACAGUAAGUGUGAAUCUGUCACAGCUAACACAUAUUUCAUCUCUUGCUCUUUACAGCUUUGAUUUUUUUUUUUUUUUUGCUCCACUGAUGUGGAGUUUGAUACAUUCCUCAUCUGACUGGCAGUGAGUUUCUAUCACAUGGUUUAUUGCUGUUCACAUUUUUACUCCAGAUAUUAUUCCUGUUGCUCCCAAUGGGGACAGUAUACUUUCUCAAAUAUAUGAUGGUAUUUUGUAUUCAAUGACCAUUAAAAAAAAAGGUUGAACGAAGGCAAAGAACAAUCUCUGAUACUGCAAUUGUAACUGUGGUUUAUGAGGAAAUCUUUAUGAAAUGUGCUAUUCUUGUACUCAGCUAUGUUCUAACUAUUUUAAAUUUCCAUUUUAAAAUCGUUAAUACUCUUGCUGUAAAGUCUGCUUUUCAUACAUGUGUCCAGGAGCCAAAAUUUCUUUCAUUUUCUGUUUUCAGUGCCUCAUUGUUAUGUACAGUAAACGGUGUACAAUUUACUGUGGUGAUAUAGACACAGUCCUUUGGUCAUGGAAAAAAAAAAUUAAAACUUCAGUAAGUCAAAACAUG